GCUCCAAACUCACCACUUUGCCCAGUCUCUUUCUCCUCCAACCAUGGCUGCAGCGGUUUAGGGGGGCGCCGCACCUGCACAGACCCAGAGGGGCGCCAUCAAGAGACAACAACACAUCGCAAGGAAGAAAGGUGGUUUCAGCUUGAAGGAAGGGGUGAAGACGACCUUGUGAAAGACCUUUAAAAAAAAAACAGUAGACUCUUGGAACAGAUUAUCUCCUUCAUUUAUAAUUCAUUUUAAACCUUUUUUUCCCCUCUUAAAUUUGCUGUUGAGGCCUCUGCACCAAUUUGGAUUACAAGGAAGUUUUUUCGGCACGAUUUCUCCAACCAAGUGAAAGAAUUUGGAUUAUCCUCUGAGGUCAACUGCAUCCUUCACCAUCUCAAGGAUCUACCUGCUUAUCCUCUCCACCUGGAACAACUUAGAUGAGCUCAACCUGCUUAUAACUCACCAAACAACAAGGCCUCCAGCAUUAACUGAAUAUUCCAGCUGCACAGUUUGUCAACUCUCUCUCUUAAACUCAGCUUUUCAUCACAUCUGGAUACACUACUUGUCUCAUUGUAUUCCCUUUCAUUACACUGAUCGUUGCAUGGUAGUGAGCCAUGGCAGUGCUGAAGAUUAAGUUCACCCAGCAGAGGCGGGUGCGACUUGCCCAGGGACUCUGGCUGCUCUCCUGGCUAGCAGUGACGUGUGGGGCCUUCAUUUUUUCCCUGGGGGUUUAUAUCAAGAUAGAGCUGCUUCGUAGAGAUGAGGUGAUGGAGAACAAAGAGAUCCAUUGUGUACCCAACCUCCUAAUGAUGGUGGGUCUGGCCUCCAUCGGCGCCAACUGGGUUGCCAGUCGAGUGUGUCAGGACUCCCUGGAUGCCAGCCGCUUCCCGCGCUGGAAGGUGCUGUUGCUGCUCUGGUUUGCCGUGGCUGCGCUGCUGUGCUGCCUGCUUCUUACUGUGGUGAUCCUCAGUUAUGCCCUACAGGGGCGGCUGGAAGAGUCGCUGAAGGUUGGGCUGAGGAAUGGCAUCCGGUUCUACAAGGACACGGACGUCCCUGGCCGCUGCUUUCAAAAGGAGACUUUUGAUCGCCUCCAGAUGGAGUUUCGCUGCUGCGGAAACAACAACUUCAAGGACUGGUUCGAGGUUCAGUGGGUCAGCAACCGAUACCUGGAUUUCACUUCCCAGGAAGUAAAGGAUCGUAUCCGGAGUAAUGUGGAUGGUCGUUACCUGUUGGAUGGCGUUCCUUUUAGCUGCUGCAACCCGGCCUCCCCGCGUCCUUGCCUGCAGCGACACCUGACAGAUAGCAGGGCCCACUACAACUACGAAUACCAAUCAGAGGAGCUCAACCUGUACAGCCGUGGCUGCAGACAGGCCUUGACUGACUACUACAUGAGUUUGAUGAACUCAACCGGUCCUGGCGUUCUGUCAGUCAUCCUAAUCCAGAUCUCUGUGCUCCUGAGCAUGCGCUACCUGCAGACAGCUGUGGAAGGGGCCAUGGCUCUAGAGUCACCAGAGGGUGAAAGUGAGGGCUACAUCCUGGAGAAGGGCGUGAAGGAAACCUACGCCGACAUCAAAGCAAAGGCUCUCGAUCUCCUAAAAUUCGCCCAAGUUGAUCCAGCUUCAGAUGGUGAAGGGGGUGAGGAGGGGGAAAAAGAAGCUGAUGCUACGGAAAAAGCCGCCACUCCAACUCCAUCCAGCUAGAACAGGCAAAAAAAGAAAUCAAAGUGAGAUAAGAAGGAAGAGAGGGAGGGUGUGUGUCAAUGUUUUCUCUAUUUAUUUCCAUUUUUGGUUGUGUGACUUGGGUGGAAGCAGGAAGGACACCUGUUUUAAAACAGGCUGGAUUUGUGAUCCAUCUUUAAAGCAGCUGCAGCUCCCAUGAACAUGACCAGAACACAUAGGCACAAAGAAACAGAAACAAACAAAACAAAACACUGUGCAGGACUCCACGAACCAUCAGAGAAUCCGUGCAGGAAGUUGUGUAGUUCUUUUUCUUUUUUCUUUUUUUUAGAAGAGAUUCAAAUUUUAUUCAGGUGUAGCAUAAGCAUGGAAAAAAAUAUCUGACAUGAUUUCAGGAAAAUUUGGGAAAGUUACUCUCUUAAAACUCAGGUUUAUCCCAUGUGCAUUGUAUUAUUCAUCUCUCCGCUGUAGAGUUUGUACCGCUCUGCAAUGAAAUGCUUAGGACCCUGUUAAACUGGCACAAGAAUAUUAUAUUAAAGGUAGAAGUUUUUAACUGCUUUGUAGUGUCUGCUUCCUUUUGUACAUGUAAAACAACUGAGGUGUUAUGGGUUAUAUCAGUUCAGCAGCCAUAGGUGGAUUAAGUGUGAGUGCGUGAUUAUAUUGUAUGUGUGAGUGUGAUGGCCUAUAUGAAGCUGUUAUCGCAUCUAUUCUGGCUGCCCUGAAACAAUCUGAUAAUCCCAGCGUUGUUAAUCUCAGAAGUGCUGUACAAGCGGUAACCAACAAUCCCCCUGGCAGCACGCAGGAACGCACACCUUUACACAGAGGCUGCUGGAGCACACCAAUGAAAUGUGUUGGGAUGUUAUUUCAGAAACUUGAUAUGGGCUUUAAAAGGCUUUUUCAUCCGAACGUAUCGCAGUGGUUUGUCCUAUAGCUGCAGGUUUACCCCAUGUGUGCACAAUCUUCUGAAAUAAAAUUUAUAUCACAGAAUAA